AUGGCCAUUGCGAGCAGAUCGUGGGUAGCCACCGUGAACCACCAUGCAAAUCCUCACACCUUCACAUCUCCGACGAAACCCGUCUUCUUUCUUUCCCAAAAGCCUCACACUUUCCACGUCUGCUCCUCUCGAUGCUCUCUGGUUCUCGAAGAAGAUGAAAAGAAGUCACCGAAAGGAGACAAGUGGCCAUUUUUCGAACCUGCCUCCGAUGGCCUCAACCGGGUCUUAUCCAGGUUGCUCCGAGACCCACAAACGGAGAAACUAUCUUCCGAGUUCUACGAGAAAGCGAAGGAGAACUCAGAGCUAAGAACGACCAAGCAUCUGAUCAAUUACUUGGCGAGUUCCAAGAACUGGGACUUGCUCGUCUCUCUUUGCGAGGAUCUCAGGGAAUAUAAAGCCUUGCCCGAUGUUCACACGUGCUCGAAUCUGAUCAGGAGUUGCAUCAGAGAGAGAAAAUUCCGAGUCACACAUUGCUUGCUUAACGUGUUUCGUUCAGACAGAACAUUGGCUGUCUCUGCAACUGAUUCAGCGAUGAAAGGCUUUAACAAACUCCAGAUGUAUAGUAGCACGAUCCAAGUGUUCGAUAGGAUGAAACAAUCUGUAGGUGUUGAGCCAAGCCCUGGCUGUUAUUGCAGGAUCAUGGAGGCUCACGAGAAGAUUGGUGAGAAUCAAAAGGUGGUUGAGUUGUUUCAAGAGUUUAAGAGUCAGAGGUUGAGUUUCUUGGCUAAGGAAUCAGGCUCUAUCUACACGAUCUUAUGCUCCUCUCUUGCAAAAUCAGGACGAGCAUUGGAAGCUCUUGAGUUCUUGGAAGAGAUGAGAGAUAAAGGAAUUCAGGAAAGUAGUGCAUUGUACUCUACACUGAUCAGGGCCUUAGCGGAAGAUGGAGAAGUUGUUUCCGUGGAGAAGCUGUUCAAAGAAGCAGGAGAGAAGAAACUGUUGAAUGAUCCGGAAAUGUGUCUGAAGGUUGUGUUGAUGUAUGUCCGAGAAGGGAAAAUGGAGAGGACUCUCGAGGUUGUGACGGCGAUGAGGAAAGGCGAGAUAAAGGUCUCUGACUGCAUUCUCUGCGCGGUUGUGAAUGGAUUCUGCAAGCAGAGAGGCUUUAAGGAUGCGGUUAGGGUUUAUCAGUGGCUUGUGAAGCAAGAAUGCGAGGCUGGGCAAGUGACUUACGCGAUAACCAUCAACGCGUACUGUAAGCUAGGGGAGUACGAGAAGGCGGAGAUGUUGUUCGAAGAGAUGGUGAAGAAAGGGUUCGACAAAUGCGUUGUGGCGUACUCGAACGUUAUGGAUAUGUACGGGAAAACGAGGAGGCUAAGCGACGCGGUGAAGCUCAUGGCGAAGAUGAAGCAAAGAGGGUGUAAACCAAACAUUUGGAUUUACAACUCCUUGAUUGAUAUGCAUGGAAGAGCUAUGGACUUGAGGCGGGUUGAGAAGAUAUGGAAAGAGAUGAAGAGGAUGAAGGUGUUGCCAGACAAAGUGAGCUACACGAGCAUGAUCAGUGCGUACAAUAGAGGGAGAGAGUUUGAUAGAUGCGUGGAGCUUUACCAGGAGUUUAGGAUGAACAGAGGAAAGAUUGAUAGGGCCAUGGCAGGGAUCAUGGUUGGUGUGCUCUCCAAAACGAGUAGGAUCGAUGAGCUAAUGAGGCUGUUGCAGGACAUGAAAGUUGAGAGAACCAGGCUUGAUGCGAGGCUAUAUUCCUCAGCUUUGAAUGCCCUGCGUGAUGCUGGUCUCGAUUCCCAGAUUAGAUGGCUGCAGGAAAGCUUUGACAUUGCACAAACUAGUACUUCAAGAUAUUCAUAUAUCAAGAACGCAAGAAAUUUGCAAGGUUCUUAA